UUGUCUUCCCAUUUGUAAUUGAGAAACACUUAAGAGUAAGAGCUGCAGGUGAGAGAGAUGAUGACAAGGGCGAUACACAUGAAAAAGUACGUGACAAAUCCAUCAAUUUUCAAUUCAAUCAUCCCCAUAGCUCGGCAAUUUUCUUCUACGUCAAGUGCAGUAUCAGCCUUAGAAUCAGAAACUGGACCGGUACACAAACGUUUUGGUUCAUUUAUUGGUGUUAUACAAGACAAAGAUCUUCUGAAAAAGGCUCCAAAUGGGGAACUUUUAGUACUGUAUCUUAUUGACAAUGGCGCAAUGGACCCAGAUGCCACUUUAUAUAACCAGCUACUGAAAAAAUGUACGGAAUGGAAACGGCUUAAAGAAGGCAAAGUGGUUCACGAACACUUCCUGAGGUCGAGGUUUAGACAUUAUAUUGUUCCGAAUAACACGUUGAUUAAUAUGUAUGCGAAGUGUGAAAGCAUGGAUGAUGCUCGCAUGGUGUUUGAUGAAAUGCCUGAAAGAGAUAUGGUUUCUUGGACUGCGUUGAUUACUGGGUAUUCGCAGAAUGAGGGUGCUGAGGAGGCCUUGGUUUUGUUCUGUGAGAUGUUGAGGUUUAGGUUUAUGCCGAAUCAGUUUACUUUUGGCAGUGUUCUCAAGGCUUCCGGGGCGUUGGACAGUGGUGGAACGGGCAGGCAACUACACGGGUCGUGUGUGAAGUUUGGAUACGAGGAGAAUGUGUAUGUUGGGAGUGCUCUUGUGGAUAUGUAUGCAAGGUGUGGACUAAUGGACGAAGCGAAAAUUGUGUUUGACAAGUUAAGUUGCAAGAAUGAGGUUUCUUGGAAUGCUUUGAUUGCUGGGCAUGCGAGGAAAAGUGAGGGAGAAAUUGCUGUGAAGCUUUUCUCUGAGAUGAAUAGAGGCGGUUUUCAGCCGACCCACUUUACAUUUUCAAGUGUUUAUGCAGCUUGUGCAAGCAUUGGAGCUCUAGAGCCCGGGAAAUGGGUGCAUGUGCAUAUGAUCAAGUCAGGGUUGGAACUUAUUGCUUUUAUUGGGAAUACUCUGCUUGAUAUGUAUGCUAAGUCUGGUAGCAUUGAUGAUGCCCGGAAGGUUUUUGAUCGGUUGGUGCAAAAGGAUGUGGUCUCUUGGAACUCAAUGCUUACCGCCUAUGCUCAGCAUGGACUCGGAAAAGAAACUGUAGAAUGCUUUGAGGAAAUGCGUAGGAUAGGACCUGAACCUAAUGAAGUGACUUUUCUUUGCGCUCUUACAGCUUGCAGUCAUGCUGGUCUUCUAGACAAAGGAAUGCAUUAUUUUGAGUUGAUGAAGAAAUUUAAGAUAGAGCCUAAUAUUUCACAUUAUGUGACCAUUGUAGAUCUACUUGGUCGAUCAGGUCACCUUGACCGUGCUGAAAAAUUCAUAAAUGAAAUGCCAAUUCAACCAAAUGCAGCUGUUUGGAAAGCUUUGCUUGGAGCUUGUAGGAUGCAUAAAAACUUGGAAUUGGGUGUUUAUGCAGCUGAACGUGUGUUUGAACUUGAUCCCUAUGAUUCAGGGCCACAUAUUUUGCUGUCUAACAUCUAUGCUUCUGCUGGUAGGAGAAGUGAUGCUGCAAAAGUUAGAAAAAUGAUGAACGAGGGUGGAGUCAAGAAAGAACCUGCUUGUAGUUGGGUGGAGAUUGAGAAUGCUGUUCAUAUGUUUGUAGCAAAUGAUGAUGCCCAUCCACAGAGAGAGGAGAUCCGUAACAUGUGGGAGAAGAUAACUGAUAAAAUCAAGGAAAUUGGCUAUGUCCCAGACACUAGCCACGUGCUUUGGUUUACGGAUCAGCAGGAGAGGGAAGAGAGAUUGCAAUACCAUAGUGAACGACUUGCUUUAGCAUUUGCUCUUCUCAAUUCUCCACCUGGGUCCCCUAUCCGUAUAAAGAAGAACAUCAGAGUUUGUGGUGAUUGCCAUACUGCAUUUAAGUUUGCUUCAAAGGUGGUGAAUAGGGAAAUCAUCUUGAGAGACACAAAUCGGUUCCAUCAUUUUCAUAAUGGUUCUUGUUCCUGUGGAGACUACUGGUAGUGCAAAAAUAAUCUCCCAUAUAUGCAAUGGUUAACUAUCAAAGACUCGUUCAAAUUAACUGUGGUAAUGUGAAAUCAUUUUGGACUUGAUUAUCAUGUAGGACAAGGUUGGGAUGGGAUGAUGCAUUCCUACCAAAAUUGCUUGUGUCAUAUACACAAGCAUCUUUUAUAUCUGCAGUCAUCCAUCAAAUGUAUUAGAAGGUUCUUUCUUGCCUUAUAAGGCUGGUUCUGACUACUUUAUUGAUUUCUAGCACAUCGUUAAAAGCAGGUUACUCUCAUAGUCUCUGCCUCUCUGAAUGGUGCAGAAGUAAUAACAUAAUGGCCAGAGGUUCUGGAAAAUACUGGUGCCAAUUGAAUGAUUUUUGCGCUUGUUGCGAGAUGAUUUUUGCACUUGUUGGGAGAAACUCAAGACUAUCUUGCAGAUUCUCUAGGGAAGCAUCUAGG